AUGCCUCGUUUGGGUGGGACAUCAAAGCCGCAUUGUGUUGCUCCUUCUUCUUCGAGCCUAUUGAUCGGACUUCCCGAGGGAACACCACAGAUCAAAUACACCAAUAUGGGAAAGUUAGGCUCAUGCUUUCUUAUCGUAGUAGGCGUACCUUCUACUAUCCUCCAAGACUAUGAUACAGAAUAUCCCAACAGAGGGCCACUUCUCUCUGCGAACAUACGGGAAGGAAUUUUAAUACUUAAAACGAAGGCUAAAGCACCCCACGAGAUUCUCGCCCACAGGCUUGCCUUCUAUUUAAUGAUAGGGAUAUCAAAUAUGAGCCUUGAAGAUGAGAUAGACGGCACUGGAACCGCCCGUUUUACCAAUAGGACAGGAACUUUCGUCAAGCAGCCAGAUGCUAGCUUUACACCGGACGGUCGAGAAUGGCCUAUUCUUGUGGUUGAGACAGGCCUGUCAGAAAAGGGGAGCAAGCUCGCUAUAGAUGCGAGAAGAUGGCUAGAAUCAGAAGGGUCCGAACCCAAGGUUGCCAUCACAGCCUAUAUUGACCAAACCGGUCCUCAAAUCACCUUUGAUAAAUGGGAACACGAAUCAGAGCCACAGCGAGUGACUCACUCAUCCACACUACGUGGCGAUAUUGUGGAGAAAGUCAUUGUGAUCCGCCAUAAUGGGAUCACCGAAGUAGCUGGUGAUAUGACUAUCCUUUAA